AUGAGAAAAAGCAUAAAAUAUUUUUUAUUUUUAUUUUUGAGUUCUAAAAGAUUUAAGAAUCUGAAUAUUCAACUAAAUUCACCUAAAAUAAAUAACAACAAUUUGAAGGAAAACGUGAGAAAAAAUUAUAAAUUAUAUCCCUCAAGUAAUCAAAAGAAUGCAUCAAUUAAUAUAAAAAGGAACAAAUUUUUAUAUCAGAAUAAUAUAGAUGAUGUAGAUUAUGUUUAUGGAUUAAAUUCUGUUUAUUCUGUUCUUAAAAAAAAUGAAAGAACUAUAAAAAGCGUCAUAAUAAACAAAAAUAUAAAAUUAAAUAGAAAAAUACAUAAGAAAACAUACGAAUAUGUAUUUAAUACUAUAAAAGAAAGAAAUAUUGAAAUAAAGUUAAUGGAUAAAAAUAAAAUGAAUGAAUUAGUUGGUGGUUUUCUACAUAAUGAUAUAAUAAUGAAAGCAAGUUACAGAAUCAUGAAAAAUUAUAAUUAUUUUAUAAAAAAUAUAAAUAAAUUAAUUAAAAGUAACAUAUAUAUAUGUCUACAUGAUGUAUAUGACAAUAUGAAUAUUGGUAAUAUUUGUAGAUCAAUUUACUUUUUUGGUGGCAAUAUUAUAUUUUUGAAAAAAAAAAAAAAAGUAAAUGAAAAAAAAAAUCAAAUAAAAAUAGAUACCCCUAUUUUGCAUUCUAGUGUAGGAUCUUCGGAAUAUUUAGAAUUUUUUCAUAUUAAUGAUAUGGACAAUUUUAUGAGUGAAAUGAAAAAAAUUGGAUUUACAAUUUAUUCUACUAGUUGUCUAAAAGAUGAUACAGUAAUGGAGAAAUAUAUUGAUUUGAAAAAUAUUAAAAUAAAGAAUAAUGACAAAAUUUUAAUAAUUCUAGGUAAUGAAAGUAAAGGAUUAAGCGAAAAUAUAUUAAAAAACUCUGACUUUUGUAUUUAUAUAAAUAGUAAGCAGAAUAGAACAAAUUUUGAUAAUAAAUUAUCAAACGAAAACAAUAAUUUGAUUUUAGACAGUCUUAAUGUAAGCAAUGUGUGUUCAAUUGUGUUACAUCAUUUUCAUUAA